AUGACGGUGCAGGGUAACCCAGCGGCAAAUCAGACAAGCCAAACAAAUGUCGAGGCAGUUCCUAGUCUAAGCAGUUCCUCAUCAAUACGAUCCAUGUUCACAACGUCCAUCGGAGGCACACGAAGGUCAGGGAAAGUUCAAACACAAAUGCUUCAUGGGCAUAGUGACACUGGCUUUGUCUUUGUCACUGGGAAAAAUAACAGCCUGCAUAAGGUGGUUAGCAGCGAACUGGCAAGACCAAGACUGUACAGAGGUAUCAUGGUUCUUCAUCGCACAAUAAAAUAA